AUGGUGACUCUCAAACACUUGAGUGUUAAGGACGAAGAUGAUGAAGACAAUGUUCCUCUGUUACCUGAAGCCAGCAGCUCCGAGAGCCCCACCACACAACACCGGAGGGCAGAGUCCAGGGAAUUCAUUGUCAGCCGGAGGAACAAUCUCAUUUUGAGCAUUGUUUUGUUGGUGAGCUGUUACUCUGCACUUCUGGUUCCUGCAUAUCUAUCAAACCAACAGUUGAUCUGGAUCAAUGGCAGCUCUACAGAAACCUUGGCUCUUCGGAAUCAUUCAGCAGCCCUGCUGUCUCAGUCAUGCCGCGGCGGGUGGAGUGUGGAGAGGGUGAGGAAACUGUCUACACCCGCUGGGCUCCUGAAGAUUCCUGUCUUCCUUGAGAAUGGAACGGGUGACUGGGCGCUCCCGCCUCCUCUGGGUCUGCUGGGCAGUGAGGAGAUGGUGUCUCAGGCCCUGAGAGCUUUACCUCACACUGGAUUACCUUCUGGAACAAAAACCUGCCGGAGAUGUGCGGUGGUUGGAAGCGGAGGCAUUUUACAUGGCAAAAAUCUUGGACCUCAUAUUGACCAGUAUGACAUUAUAAUCAGAAUGAACAAUGCACCAGUACUUGGAUUUGAAAGAGAUGCUGGCUCAAGAACUACCAUUCGUCUGAUGUACCCAGAAGGGGCUCCUUCCAUGUCUGAGGAAUACAAGAACACUGAAGUGGUGGCCUUGGUCGUAUUCAAAAGCUUAGAUUUGGCAUGGCUCACCUCGGUAGUAACCAAAGACUCUUUGAGCUGGUGGUCUAAACUGUGGUUCUGGAGGGAUGUGAUAGACUCAAUUCCUCUUCAACCAGAAAACUUUCGCAUUCUGAACCCUGAAAUCAUGUACAGGACUGGACAGGUACUGCAAUCCUAUUCCGGGCAAAAGAAAAAGAUGGUACCGACGCUGGGGAUCAGUGCAGUAGUUCUGGCCCUGCAGGUGUGUGAUGAGGUGAGUCUAGCUGGAUUUGGAUACGACCUGCAGCACCCUGGAGCACUGCUGCAUUAUUACGAAUCUCUCCGCAUGGAUGCCAUGAUGACCCAGGUGGUUCAUGACGUCAGCGCUGAGACCAUCUUACUGCAGGAACUAGUUAAAGCUGGAGCCGUGCAGGACCUGACAGGUGCAUUAUGAUGACAUCAAAGACUACUUGCCUUGAAGUUGAUAAGAUAAUAUAAUAAAGAUAUUGAAUUAAAAUUAAUAACUACUAAACUACUAAUCAAAAAUGUAAGCUUCUAUAAUC